AUGGUAAGCGUGCCAUUGGGGGAAUGGGUGGAUGCGCUGACGGUGUCUAGGUGUUUAUCAACGGUUUCAGCUUCACGGAGGCGUCGCUCGUCAAAGUAUGUGCACCAGCUCCGUCCACCGCAUCGAGCGGAUCGCGCAUCUAACGCGCCUGCAGCGCUCGCUCGAGAGUUUCUUCGGCAUCGGCCCCAAGGUGUCGCAGAAGAUCAUGGCCAAAUUCCACAUCCAGCCCUGGGCCAAGGUCGGCUCGCUGAAGAACGCGACCGUCAUGGAUCUCACCGCCGAACUGUCGACCAUGAAGAUUGAAAACGACGCGCGGCGAGAAGUGCAAGAGAACAUACGCAGGCUGAAGGACAUGGGUACCUACAGGGGACGACGGCACGCUAUGGGUCUGCCUGUGCGCGGACAGAGGACAAGAACACAGAUCGAGACGGCGAGAAGGUUGAACAAGAUGGAGCGAGGAGGCUCUGGGCGAGUGCAGAUGUAG